AUGACAUUUUUUGCUUUCACUUAUGGAGAGGUACAAGAAAAUCCAACAAAAGAAUACCAAUCACUUUUAUUUCAACCUGUUGUUUAUCAGUCAGUUGUUGUAGCUGACUUCAUUCCAUUAAUUAUGAUUGCAGUUGUUAUUAUUAUUAUUGUGAGUGUUAUUGUAGGGUCAAUUAUUACUAAUUCAAUGGCAAAAGAUGCGGAAAAGGAUGCAAUUCUUUAUCUCUCUUCUAAAAUUAAUUAAAUUAGUGUUAAGUGAAUAAAUUAAUUC